AUGAAGAAGAAAAAAAUGCAGAUGAAAACCAAGUUUUUCAUAUUCUUCUGUUACAUUGUAAUUUUUUGUUUCUCUUAUAGUUUUUCUGCUGCUUCAAAAGCUUCUUCAAAUGAUGAAGUUUCAGCUUUGCUUUCUAUAAAAUCAGGUCUUGUUGAUCCUUUAAACAGUCUUCAUGAUUGGAAAUUGGAUGCAGAUCAUUGUAACUGGACCGGAAUCAAAUGCAACACGGAUGGAAUGGUAGAGAAUCUUGAUCUUUCUCACAAGAAUCUCAGUGGUAUAGUAUCCAAUGAUAUACAAAGUCUUCAAAAUCUUACUUCUCUUAACUUAUGUUGCAAUGCAUUUUCAUCACUUUUUCCAAAAUCUAUAGUAAAUCUCACCACAUUGAACAUUCUUGAUGUAAGUCAGAAUUUCUUUAUUGGUGAAUUUCCAUUAGGAUUUGGAAAGGCGUUGAAACUCGCGAGCUUAAAUGUUUCUAGCAAUGAGUUCAAUGGUUCAAUUCCUUUGGACAUUGGAAAUGCAACUUCAUUAGAAAUGCUUGAUCUUAGAGGUAGUUUCUUUGAAGGUUCAAUUCCGAAAUCAUUCGGAAACUUGAAUAAGUUGAAGUUUCUUGGUUUAUCUGGGAAUAAUCUCACUGGAAAAAUUCCUGGUGAGCUUGGAAAACUUUCAUCAUUGGAGUAUAUGAUUGUUGGAUAUAACGAAUUCGAAGGUGAGAUUCCGUCAGAAUUCGGAAAUCUUACUAGUCUAAAGUAUCUUGAUUUAGCAGUUUCCAAUCUUGGUGGUGAGAUUCCAAAUGAAUUAGGAAAUCUUAAGGUAUUGGAUACACUUUUCUUAUACAAUAACAAUUUUGAAGGAAGAAUUCCAUCACAAAUUGGUAACAUUACUUCUUUGCAGUUUUUGGAUUUUUCUGAUAACAAUUUGUUAGGAAAAAUUCCAGAUGAAAUUAGUCUGCUGAAAAAUUUGAAGCUUCUGAAUUUCAUGGGAAAUCGGUUAUCCGGUUUUGUUCCUUCUGGAAUUGGUAACUUGCAUCAACUAGAGGUUCUGGAGCUAUGGAACAAUUCAUUAUCAGGUCCAUUGCCUAGUAACCUCGGCGAGAAUUCACCGUUGCAAUGGUUGGAUGUAUCAUCCAAUUCACUCUCUGGUGAGAUUCCAGUAACUCUUUGCAGCAAAGGAAAUCUCACUAAGCUCAUACUUUUCAACAAUGCUUUCUCCGGUCCAAUUCCAUCAAGCCUAUCGACGUGUUCUUCACUUGUUCGUGUUCGAAUUCACAACAAUUUACUUUCCGGUAAAGUUCCUGUUGGUCUUGGCAAGCUUGAGAAACUUCAAAGGUUGGAAUUAGCUAAUAAUAGUCUCACUGGUGAAAUACCAGAUGAUAUUCCUUCUUCCGUGUCGCUUUCUUUCAUUGAUCUGUCAAGAAACAAACUUCAUUCUUCUCUACCUUCCACCAUUCUUUCCAUUUCAAAUCUUCAAGUAUUCAUUGUCUCACACAAUAGCUUAGUAGGUAAAAUCCCUGACCAAUUUCAGGACUCUCCCUAA